AUGCCUGUCGUCAAGCUCCGAAAUAGCUUUCAGAAUUUUGGCGACGCCUUCUCCAACUUCAGUUCCCAUGUUGAAGUAACCAAGUCAGAGCACCCCUGGAAGGAAUCAGUGUUUUGGUUGCAGAGAGUCUGUCCUUGGACGCGCUCUCGAUUCAAUGUUGUAGUCGACGAGGAUGAUAAGACAAAGAAUAAGCAGCGUGAGUACAACAAACACACUCUGUUCCUGCGACAAAGGAAUUUGUUCGUCUGCGCUUUCUGUCGGACCGCCUGCAGACCUAGCCAACAGCCGUUGCAACAUUCGAGUCUUCCACGCUGGUAUUAUUCCGCUAGCCAGCCACAGUUUCAGAAUGGAUUCAACCGCAACACGCCCGUGAGCCGGUCACCUACCGGGGCACCCGUGGCGCGCCAAAGCAUCAGGGAAUUCGAAGAUGACGAUGAUGAGGACUUGCUUCCUCAUGAGUUAGCUGCUCGCGCCCGUCAAACCCCGCCUCCUCCUCCUCCUCCUCCUCCUGCUCCACCACCAUUCCGUCCGCCUCCGCCUCAGCGGCCAGCCUCUUCAGAGACUACUUCAAAGGAUACAUCAGAGGCUAUCCCAGAGGCUACUCCAGAAACCACUUCAGACACGCAUCCAGCGCCGGAACCCCAGGAUGACAGCGUCAUUCCCUCAUCGAACCAGGCUCCCGAGCCCAGCGAGUCUGAACCUGUAGAUCAGUCCAGAACCCCAUUCGUCCCGUCUCGCCAGCAAAACUUCAUAAUCGACGACGACGAGGAUGAUCUGUUGGAUGACUUGUUGCCGCAUGAGAAAGCCGCCCAGGAACAUGUUGCCGUCCAGAAAGACCAGCAAAAGCGCUUUCUCAUUGAGGAGAACGACGACGACUUCUUGACACCGGAAGAGGUUACCGCUCGUGCUCGCUCCUAUAAGACGCCGAAACCCUCAGGGCAAGCCUCUCCAGGGUUUUCCAUCAGGCGGAUACCGUAUGGUGCGCCAGCUGGUCGCAACAACGAUCCGGCCCCUCAUUCACAGCGAGUGGAAGGUCCUGGGGAAUUCUCUACUCCUCCGGGACCAAGUGCCGCGGGCAACCCCAGUGACGAGAACCCCCGCCCAUCUUGGGCUCAGCUGUCUAGAAGGCCUUUUCAUGAACUUUCGGGCGCGUACAUCAGGCACGGGCCAACCCACACUCGUGAUGGUGUUAGCGAUGUCUCCCAAAAUGUAUGGGCGCCGUCCGUAAACAUGUCGAGGAAGUCUCUCCCCUCUCCAGUUUCAAAGCCUAGACCUCGUGCCAAAAACUUUUACUUCAAGAGCUUAUCUUUGCGGCAAGGCCAAGACGGACAGGCAGAUGCAUCCGCUGCUACUAAGACUGCCCCUGAAAGCAAGAUCCCGACGCAAUCCAUCCAAGAGGCAAACGGCAGUUCGAGUCAAGGAGAUGGCGACAGCGACGAUUUUACUCGGUUUGAAGCGUUGGUCGACAAUAAGGCGCCAUCCCAAAAGCAGAUCAAAACGAGACGGGGCGACGAACAAGACUGGGAAUGGGUCAAAGACGUUGAGAAAAAGGGUGAAAUAAAUGCCCAAGAACAAGAACUCCGCGGAAAGAUGCAGGGUACAAAUAGCGCUGCGGAACCCGUGGCGACUUCUGACGCGGCGCCCGCACCGGACUCUCAGGGUCGCGAAGUCGCGGAAAAUAAGAGAUCCAGGGGACGGGAUCAUGAAGUACGAGAGUUCCCAGAGAAAUCGAAACCGAAGCCAAGAUUCUCCAAGAACAACUAUAGAGAUGACGACGAAGAUUUCUCGGAAGAAGCUGAGGCAAUGGCUCGGGCUCGUCGCGAACGCAAGGAGCAGAGGAGGUUGCAAAGGGAAAUGGAGGAACUUGAAAAGCAGGAAGCAGCCGCCGUCAAAAGCAUCCUUGUGCCUGAAUUCAUCACAGUGGCCGACUUGGGCCAAUCUUUGGGCCACAAGCCGGCGCCUUUCCUCGACCAGUUGUUGAAGAUGGGAUUCGAAGAUAUCACAGUGGAGAGUGUGAUGACGGGUGAGACGGCGGCGCUUGUUGCUCAGGAGUACGGUUUCGAGCCCAUCUUGGACGUUGGUGAGCAAGUCGAUCUCAAACCGCGGCCACCGCCAGAAGACCCGUCAGCGCUACCACCACGGCCACCGAUUGUCACCAUCAUGGGUCACGUCGAUCAUGGGAAGACCACGAUGCUUGAUUAUCUACGCAAGUCAUCGAUAGCUGCAGGCGAGCACGGUGGUAUCACGCAGCACAUUGGUGCCUUCUCGGUGAAGAUGUCAACUGGCAAGGUCAUUACAUUCCUGGACACGCCAGGCCACGCAGCCUUUUUGACUAUGCGCCAACGCGGUGCCAACAUCACCGACAUGGUCAUUCUUGUUGUUGCGGCCGACGACAGCGUCAAGCCGCAGACAUUAGAGGCGUUGAAGCAUGCUCGCGCGGCAAAGGUUCCCAUAAUCGUGGCCAUAAACAAGGUCGACAAGGAUGAGGCUCGUGUAGACCAGGUCAAAUUGGACCUGGCAAACAACGGGGUCCAGCUUGAGGACUUUGGUGGCGAUGUGCAGGCUGUCUGCGUCAGCGGGAAGACUGGUCUGGGCAUGGCAGAUCUGGAGGAGAACAUCAUCGCGCUCGCCGAGAUGCUUGACAUGCGAGCCGAGACGGACGGCAUGGCCGAGGGCUGGAUUCUCGAGUCGGCCAUCAAGCCGCUGGGCAGGGCCGCGUCGAUCCUCGUCAAGAGGGGUACGCUCCGCAAGGGUGACCUCAUCGUCGCCGGGACCUCGUUCGCCAAGGUCCGGCUCAUGCUCAAUGAGGCUGGUCAAGAGGUUGACGAGGCGUCCCCGGGGACUCCCGUUGAGGUGUUUGGCUGGCGCGGCACGCCCUCGGCGGGCGACAUGGUUCUCCAGGCGCCCGACGAGGACCGAGCCCGGGACGCGACCCGGUACCGCGAGGAGAUGGCGGCAUGGCAAAAGACGGCCGAAGGUGUGGCGGCGCAGGAGAAGGCAGAGCGCGAGAAGGCUGAACGCGAAAGGGUAGAGGCAGAAAUGAAGGAACUCAUGGGAGAAGAGGGUGAGGCCGAGGCCGAGGAAGCGACUCCGGGCACCAUCAUGGUCAACUUCAUCAUUAAGGGCGACGUUAUGGGCUCGGUCGAAGCCGUGUACGGCGCCGUGAUGGAAAUUGGCAACAACGAAGUGCGGCCAAGGAUCCUGCGGUCGGCACCGGGGCAGGUGACCGAGUCGGACGUUGAACACGCGGCAACGACGGGCAGCCACAUCAUCAGCUUCAACAACACGAUCCAGGGACACAUUGAGCGGAUGGCGGACCAAAAGGGUGUCCGUAUCAUGGACCACUCCAUCAUCUACCAUUUGGUGGACGAGGUCAAGGCGUUGCUCUCGGAGAAGCUCCCGCCGACCAUCUCGUUCAAGGUCAACGGCGAGGCAGAGGUGUUGCAAGUCUUCCCGAUCAACAUCAAGGGGCGCAAGUACAAGAACAUUGCCGGAUGCAGGGUGCGCAACGGCGUCAUUGUCAGGAACAGCAUGUACCGCGUCAUUCGUGGGACUGAGGAGGUCUUUAAUGGUAAACUCGAAUCGCUCAAGCAUGUCAAGAAGGACAUCUCAGAGGCCAAGAAGAACUCGGAAUGCGGUAUCCAGUUUGAGGGCUGGGACGACAUCGAAGUCGGCGACAAGAUUCAAGCCUACGAGGAGGUCAAGGAAACCCGCUACCUGCCAUGA